AUGUUGCUGGACACCAGGGGCAUGCAAGAACUCUACACCUGCUCCGCUGACCCAGCUGCCCGGUUCCACCUGCUCUGUCCUCCCGUCUCCUGCACUCUGGAUCCAGCCCUGACCAGACCUCCCCCCCGCUGCCUCCCUCACCUUGGACCUGCUGCCUGCUCCUGGAACCCCUGCUCAUCGUGGAGGGUCUCUGCCUGCCGUACUCCCCCCUCGGCUCUGGAAAACACCCCGUCUGUCGCCCCUCCUGGAACGAGGCCCUCCUGCCCGCUCUCCGCCGCCCCACCCCACGGAGAACGCCAACCGGGCCACCGGUUCCUGCUGAGUGCGGGAGUCUAUCAGUUAGGUUUCUGCAGUGGGACUUUGUUUGUGACCCUAAUGAGCGUGGACCGCUACCUGGCCAUCGUCCAUGCUGUGGCGGCCAUUCAAGCCCGGACGCUUCGCUAUGGAAUCACAGCCAGUGUCAUCACCUGGGUCAUAUCAGUCAUCAUGGCAACCCCUCAGGUUGUAUUUGCCUCCUUGGAGAUGGAUGGAGAUGACUCCCACUGCCACCCAAUCUACCCAGAGGACAACCAGUACUUCUGGAAGAUGCAGCAAAACUUCAGUAAGAACACAGUGGGCCUUUUUGUAUGCCUUCCCAUCAUAGUUUUCUGCUAUGUGAAAAUCCUUGUUGUGCUCUCAAAGUGCAGGAACUCCAAGAAGAACAGAGCUGUGAAGCUGAUUUUCACCAUAGUGUGUGUGUUUGUGGUGUGUUGGGUUCCGUACAAUGUCUUGGUUUUCCUUCAGACACUGGAGCAGCUUGGAGUUCUGAACAACUGUAAUGUUUCAAAAGCCAUCAGCUCUGCCAUGGGCUUCGCUGAGAUCAUUGCACUGUCUCACUGCUGUAUAAAUCCAGUAGUUUAUGCAUUUGUAAGGGAAAAUUUCAGGAAGUCACUGGCCAGGGUGCUGUCUUGUCCCUGA